ACGACAUGGAGGCCAUACAGCAACAUGGCGGGUCGGGGUUCGCAGGACUCAGCAAACGGGAAAACGUCCUCAUCAAAUGGCCAGAUUAGAAGACCAUUUCUCAUCGGCGUCAGCGGGGGAACUUCCUCGGGGAAGUCCUCCGUCUGUACCAAGAUAGUAGAACGUCUCGGACAGCGUAACAUCGACAGCAAGAAGCGCAAGGUAGCGGUCAUCAGCCAAGACAGCUUCUAUCGAGAUCUGAGCAAUGGGGAGCAGGCUCUGGCAUUCAAAGGACAGUUCAACUUUGACCAUCCAGCUUCCUUUGAUUUUGAUCUGAUCAAGCAGACACUCGACGACAUCAUUGCGGGCAAGACAGUCAAGAUUCCUGCUUAUGACUUCACAACCAAUUCAAGGAAAGCGGAAGAGUUCACAGUGAUCUACCCAGCUGACGUGGUGCUCUUUGAGGGUAUACUGGUAUUCUAUAACAAAGAAGUCAGGGACAUGUUCCAUAUGAAACUGUUCGUGGACACAGACGCUGACACCAGACUAUCUAGAAGAGUUGUUCGAGACAUCAAGGACCGUGGGCGUGAGCUGGAGCAGAUUCUAGUGCAGUAUGUCAAAUUUGUCAAGCCAGCUUUUGAAGAGUUCUGUCUACCCACCAAGAAAUACGCUGAUAUCAUCAUUCCAAGAGGCUCAGAAAAUACAGUCGCCAUUGGGCUGAUUGGGCAACACAUCAAAGAUAUCCUCAACGGAGGAAUCAAGAAACACAUCACCAACGGCAAUACAUUCCCCGACGAAGGAUUGAAUGUAGACAAACCCGUCAGACAACGAAAUCCCUCUGAAACCGGUGCAGGCGGUAGGCCCCACUGAAAAAGACAGGUCAUGUUCUUUGAUUUAUGGGUUGACCAAUUACAAAUGGGGGCUUAUGCGAAGAAGGUAGAGGGAAGAUUUCAUUGGAUGAAAGUUUUGGUAGUGUGUUUUGGCUUGAGCAAAGUGACCAAUCAUGGCUUUUGUUACAUAAAUUUGGUUUUCGUUGGCAGUGGAUUGACCAAUCAAAGACUGGGAUAUUUGAAGUAGUUUCAAGAAGAUUUUAGUGGGCUAUUUUGUUUGGUCUUCCUUAUUGGAGUAUAAGUGCUGAAAAUCUCAAGGGAGAAUCUCUCGGGUUUAAAAAAUCCAAUGUAAGAUUGUCAGAGUUUAAGAAAUAUACUGUCUCUGUUGACUUUUGUACUCUUUGUCCUAUACGAUGAACUGACCAAUGAAAGACAUUGGUACUUAUGAUUUCCUUUUAGCAGACGGGCCAAUAAGAUGUGCCGUUACAACUUACAAAAGUUAUCUUGGAUUUGAGAAUUGACAAGUUGUUAAAUUCAGAAAGAGUGAUUACGACUAAGAAAGGUUUCUUCUGGCGAAUAAUGUAAAGAAGUAGCAUUUCAUGAACUUAUUUCGAUGGUUUCAGGAUACUUAUGAAAAGUACAAGGUUGACAAUAGUUUCAUGUGUUUUGUUGGCAAGUUAUGAAAGAAACAGUAGAGUUGGAAAUUAUUUUAUAUACUUUAAUUGUUGAGGAAGUUCCAAGAAGGAUUCGUUACUGAAAAAGCUUGAAUGAUGUAAAAUAGGUUUUCCUAAUAUUGGUUGAUACAUGUGGCAGGCAUUCGAAGUGGUGAUUGGCCAGUCAGUAUCCAUGAAAGUAUGUAUGCAGUCCAAUGAUUGGUUAAUAUCAAGUAGUGCCUAGAGGUACAAACCAAUCAGCUGCCUGGAAUUUGAAUAUAAAUUUAUGAUUGGUCAAUAUAUAGUUUGCUCAAAGGGCAGUGAGCCAAUCGCUUUGGACUUUAGAAAUUGCUGGGUUCUCUGAUUGGUUGAGAUUCAUUAGGAAGUCACCCAGUGGUCGGACGAUUUGUAGAGAAUUUAUUAUUGCUCAGGGAAUCUGCACUUUGUCACUGUCCACUGUGGUCUUUAAAUAUGGGAGGGAAAAACAAAUAGGAGUUGCUUUUGUUGGGGUUUUGGACAAGUUGUUGCCUUAAGUCAAUGAAUAUUCAUGAUGUUGUGUCUUCACCAAUCACGUUGAACCUCAGAGCUGCAAAGAGGCUUGUAUGGUAAGCAAUGUGUGCAUCAUGAUCAAUGACAGUGAUAUUUUUAUAAUCGAGGAUGUCGUCAUGAACAGUCAUGCCUAGUCGCUGUGCCAUCUCACAUUGAUUGCAUGCACCAUGUGCUGUUUGCGUCACGUGCAUGGAUCUUCCAUGAAGAUAUCCACACGAUACGCCACUUGGUGGCUGGAUAAUAACUAGCCAGGAUACGCAGAAAAUAAGACCACGCCACUUUGGCAGCUCCGCAAAUUCACUGUGUGUGGUCACUUUAAGCUGGACACAAGUCACUUUUUGUAUGAAAAAAAAUGGUGCUAAACGUGUUGGAAAUUGUAGCAUCUGUAAGUAAAAUGCUAGAAUACUGUGCUUCAAUGCUUGUAUUUACUUUGUAGCGAUUCUACGAGUAUGUAAUGUGUAAUCAUUUUCCAUUUAUUGGAACAAAUCUAGCUUGUUGUUCAGUAUCUUCAAAAUAAUGGCAGUUUGGGGCUUCCAGUGUGAUUGGACAACAAAUUUUAUUUUUCGAAACUGAAAAGGAGGAAUUAUACUCAGUGUUUUGUCUUCAAAUUACAAAAUGUACUUUCGUGAUUAGAACAGUGUUUGUGCAAGAGCACAUUGAAAAAAAAAUGGACGAGUUGUGAAAAAAAUUAGUGUGGAAUUGAUGUUAAAAUGUAGUUUCAAAAUGUUUGAGUGAAUGAAAAUGUGCCAGUUAAGCAUUGGGUUUACAUGUAUGUCUAUUUCUUUAGAGGAAAACAAAAUCAGCCUCUCUCCCUAGGCGCAUGGUGUCUAAAACACCCUAAUUCCCAAAAUGUGACCAAGUCAGUAGACAUUUAGUUUAAACUGCAUGUGUAGACAUAGUAUAUUUGAGUUAUAGACAAGAAUUGAAGGAUUAUAUAUAAUAGUUAUUGUUCUUUUUGUAAUUAUAUUAAUUGAUUCAGGAAUAUUACUUAAUUGCAUUGAAUAUGUACGUGUACUUGCCAGCAUGUGUUGUAACAGUUCUCAGGCUAUCACUGCAAAUUUCUUCAGAGUGCCAAUUAUCAACUUGGAAAUUACUGUUGGUCCUAAAAGUGCACUGAAACCCUUCAAUACAGACCAAAGGUAUCACUACCCUUAUCAACCUUGUUCAUGUACAUCAUGUUGUCGGAUGUACAUUGGAUUACGGAAUGCCCAAUGAAAACAUUUGGAGGGCAUGUAACGCUUUCAGUUCAAUGCUAAUUUGUGGACGAAGCCAAAUCUUUUGGUAACGGUAACAAUUAAGUGUUGACGUUAUGAAAUGCUUCAUUCAUAUAAACAUACAUUUUCAUUGUAACAUAUCUUUAUUAUUUUAUCUUUUAUUUUUUGGGGGAACUGCUUUGAUAUUCAGUUACAACAAUCUCUAUUUUAUCUUUUAUUUUCUUUCCUAUUCCUUUUUGAAAAUUUACCAUGUAGAGUAGGCUGAAAUGGAAUUUCUUCCAUAUUUGUUUCUUUUAAGUUGACAUUUUGUAAAGUAUUCACCAUUUUUGUAGAUUUUUUUGUUGCAAUAUUUGUAAAAAGUAAAAAUAAAACUGCCUCAUCCAAACAUAGCCUAGGAUACACAUUAUCAUGACAGCUUUUUUUUUUUUUGUAAGCAUUUUCCAAUUUGUCUCUAAUUAAAUGGAGCAGAGUAUUAAUUUGUGAAGAACAAAACAAUUUGGUUGCAUUUUUUGCUCGGACAUAUCUAAGUACUAUUGACAGCACGCACUUGUACCUCAAAUUAUACACUUCCGGGUUUUAUUCGUAGAUUUCUGUAUUUGAAAGCAGUGACCAUAUUUUGUUGAAUUUGCUUUGCAUGUUGUCUGAGCGAGGAUCUCUAUAACUAUGUAUGUUCACUGUAACAAGUACCAUUUUCAAAAACUUGUCAGAAUGAGUCACACAAUUUUUUGUAAUAAAAUGUCUUUAUUUCAAAAUGAAGGUGGAACAGAAAAAAAUACCUGCACAUUGUUGCUAUGUAAAUACUCAAAUAAAAUAGCAUCCACAAAAGA